UAGGAGUGAGGCAGGCACGGCUUUGCCAGAUCCAGAAGCUGUGGUCGUGGAUACACUGAAGGCUGGGAGACAUUAGAAUGCCUGUUCUUGCAACCUCUCGGCUCAGGGGUAGCCGGAUCCAGCAGGAUCAAGCCUGUUUACCAUGCUCCGAGCAGCGGCCUGGGCCCAGCGGUACCUGUCCCACUCAAGCAGUGGGUUCUCUGCGAGAAUGCAGAGCAGUGGAGCAGCCCAGAGCGGAGUCCUGGAUAAGCGGGUGGCUGUGCUCACAGGGUCCACUGUCGGGAUUGGCUUUGCCAUUGCCCGACGGCUGGCCAAGGAUGGAGCCCACGUGGUCAUCAGCAGCCGGAAACAGCAGAAUGUGGACAGGGCGGUGGCCAUGCUGCAGGAGGAAGGGCUGAGUGUGGCUGGCACUGUGUGCCAUGUGGGGAAGGCUGAGGAUCGGCAACGGCUAGUGGCCAAGGCUCUGGAGCACUCUGGAGGUGUGGAUUUCCUGGUGUGCAACGCUGGAGUCAACCCUCUGGUGGGGAGCACUCUGGGGGCCAGUGAACAGGUGUGGGACAAGAUCCUAAAUGUGAAUGUGAAGGCCCCAGCCCUGCUGCUGAGCCAGCUGCUGCCCCACAUGGAGAAGAGAGGGGAUGCUGCCGUCAUCUUGGUCUCGUCCAUCUCAGCUUAUUUUCCACUUGUGGAGCUGGGUGCCUACAAUGUCAGCAAAACAGCCCUGCUGGGUCUCACUAGGACACUGGCAUUGGAGUUGGCUCCCAAGAACAUCCGGGUGAAUUGUCUGGUUCCAGGAGUUAUUAAGACUGACUUCAGCAAAGUGUUAUAUAGCAACAAGGCUGUCUGGAACCACUUAAAGGAGAGCUACCAGCUACAGAGGAUUGGGCAGCCUGAGGACUGCGCGGGACUUGUGUCCUUCCUGUGCUCGGCAGAUGCCAGCUACAUCACCGGGGAGAAUAUCGUGGUGGCUGGCUGUUCCUCUCGGCUCUGAGGGCUUUGGAGGGCUGGUCACCUGAGGGGAGCGGCAUCUAAGGAGAGCGUCUGCAGCUGGGUUAGGCUAGCAGUUUGGGGCUCACUUAUGCUAGGCUCGAGGAAAAAGAAAACGCAUCAGCGUUCUCAUCUCAGGAUUCUCCACAGGACCACUCUAGAUUUGAUUGACCUCACCAACAUUCGAGGCUCCCGAUAUGGGGCUGUGGGCUUAGGGAUGCAAUGGGCUUGGCAUUCUGGAAGAAUCUUAAGGGAAAGGAUCGGCAGCUAAGGCCCCAAAGGAUCCCAAAGCUUUCUCUGUAAUCCGUGUUUUACAUUUAUCUUUCCUAAAAUAAAAUCCGAUUUGUUCUCA